GCCCAGCACGAGCCGCGCGGUUCUGGCCGGGUUGUGGCCUUGUGCCUUUUCCGGCACCACCAGAAAGCUGUGCUCCUCCAGACCCAGACGUUCCUGGGGCUCAGGACACCCUCCUCGGGGUGCAGAACCUUCUCAGACCGGGUCCGGCCGUCCCUCCCUCCCGCUGCCCGGUGUUCAGCCCAGGUGGGCGGUCAACCCCUUAUUGCCAGGCCUCCGGAGGACCAGAAAUGCCCCCGCGUCCCCUGGAGGGACCCCUGGAGGUGGCCCGGAGCCUGGACGCCUGGUACCUGGGUCUCAGGGGGGACCCUCCUCCCAAGGGAGUUCCCUGAUUCCUAAGGGCCAGCAGUUCCGGCCUUGAGGUGGGGCUCCCCGGAGCCCUGCCUCUCCCAUCCCUCCCCCACCCGGCAGACUCUCUCAUUCACUGGAGGCCUGGCCACGGCUCCGAGCUCACAGUCCUUGCGUGUGCUAGGUAGAGAGGAGGCCUGGAGGCCGGGCCGGCCGCAGGAAGUUCAGGCAGCAGGCCAGCAGGAAGGGGAGAUGGGGCGCCCCCCAGACGCCCACAGCACCCUGGCCCCGGCGGGCACCACAACUGUACCCGGGCUCAUUCCGGACCUCGUCGCCAGGCUCCCCUGGCCCAGCUGGGCGCUCACGGCCGUCGCUGUGGCUGCCGGCGUCCUCGCCGUGUCCUGCCUCCUCUGUGUCGCCUGUUGCUGCUGCUGCCAGGGCUGCAGGAAGAAGCCCAGGGGCCAGGAGGCUGUGGGCCUGGGCGGCCCUCAGGGCACCACCAGCAUCCACCUGGUGCAGCCGGACGUGGAGAGCUCGGAGUCUGCCCCCGGGGGCCCCCGGCACUGGGGACGCCUGCUGCUCUCCCUGGGGUAUGACUUUGGAAGCCAGGAGAUCCAGGUGGGCCUCAAGCAGGCCGCAGACCUGAGGGCCGGGGGCCCGGGCGGCACGGCAGACCCCUACGCCCGCGUCAGCCUCUCCACGGGGGCGGGACACACGCACGAGACCAGGGUGCACCGUGGCACGCUGUGCCCCACGUUCCACGAGACCUGCUGCUUCCACGUGCCGCAGCGCGAGCUGGCUCGGACCGCCCUGCGGGUGCAGGUGCUAAGCUUCAGGCGGUUCUCUGCCCACGAGCCGCUGGCUGAGCUCAGCCUGCCGCUGGGCACCGUGGACCCGCAGCACGUCCUAGAGCAGUGGUACCAGCUGGGCCCGCCGGGCACCACCGAGCCCGAGCCCUCGGGUGAGCUGUGCCUCUCGCUCCGGUACGUGCCCGGCUCGGGCCGGCUGACCGUCGUCGUGCUGGAGGCCCGAGGCCUGAGCCCGGGACUGGCAGACCCCUACGUGAAGGUCCAGCUCAUGCUGAACCAGAGGAAGUGGAAGAAGAGAAAGACCUCGGCUCGGAAGGGCACGGCUGCCCCCUACUUCAACGAGGCCUUCACCUUCCUCGUGCCUUUCAGCCAGGUCCAGAGCGUGGAUCUGGUGCUGGCCGUCUGGGCCCGGGGCCCACACUUCCGGGCCGAGCCCGUGGGCAAGGUGCUGCUGGGCGCGCGGGCCUCGGGUCAGGCCCUGCAGCACUGGGCCGACAUGCUGGCCCACGCCCGGCGGCCUGUUGCCCAGUGGCACCGCCUGCGGCCCGCCGGGGAGGUGGACGGAGCCCUGGCCCUGAAGCCCCGCCUGCACCUGCCCUUGCCUGGCUCCUGAAAGCGCCCUCGGGCCUCGGCCUCCCAGGCUGCGGUGUGGGCGUCUGUCCAGGCCGCCCCGCGGGACCACUAAUAAACGCCUCCUCCCGUU